CCGACGUCCGGACCUGCUGCUCCUGCACCGGCUGGACGUGCGAGGGGAACCUCCUGGGCUCGCUCCGGGAGCGCGGGCUACUGACCAGCGGGUAUUUCGGCUCCGAGCCGGAGAAACCGCCCGGGAAAUGCAGCCACGGGGGGCAGUUCGACAGCAGCCGCCUGCAGGACCCCCAAGGGGGGAUAAACAAGGACAGUUCGUCCCCCCUCUUCUCCCCGCACCACUAUCUGCACGGCCCGGCGGCCGGCCUGGCCCUCGAGGCCUCGGCCCGGUUCCUGCGCGACCUGCGGCGGGACCUGGCCCACGACAAGCGAUUCAUGAGGCUGCUGGACAUCAGCCCCGCCGUGGGGCUCAGCUUCGUGCUGGACACCACGGGCAGCAUGGGCGAGGAGAUCGGCGCCGCCCGGCUCCAGGCCCGCGACAUCCUCACCCGCCGGCUGGGGGGGCCCGAGGAACCCGACUUCUACCUGCUCGUCCCCUUCCACGACCCCG